AGGGGCGCGGAGGCCGCGGAGGGCGCAGCGGCUCGGCCGGGACGACCGGCGCCCGCAGCCCCGCGCCAGCAGAGGGAUGCGGGGCGCCCCGAGACCCCGGUAGCCGCGCGGCGCGGCGCUGCAGUCGCGGUGAUGGAUGAGCCCUGGUGGGAAGGGCGCGUCGCCUCGGACGUCCACUGCACUCUGCGCGAGAAGGAGCUGAAGUUGCCUGCCUUCCGAGCCCACUCCCCACUCCUGAAGAGCCGCCGGUUCUUCGUGGACAUCCUGACUCUGCUGAGCAGCCACUGCCAGCUGUGCCCUGCAGCCCGGCACCUGGCUGUCUACCUGCUGGACCACUUCAUGGACCGCUACAACAUCCCGGCCUCCAAGCAGCUCUACGCUGUGGCCGUCUCCUGCCUCCUACUCGCCAGUAAGUUUGAGGAUAGAGAAGACCACGUGCCCAAGUUGGAGCAGAUAAAUGGCGCGAGGGUCCUGAGCGGCCAGAACUUCUCCCUCACCAAGAAGGAGCUGCUGAGCACCGAGCUGCUGCUCCUGGAGGCCUUCAGCUGGAACCUCUGCCUUCCCACGCCUGCCCACUUCCUGGACUACUACCUCUUGGCCUCUGUCAGCCAGAAGGACCACCACUGCCACACCUGGCCCAGCGCCUGCCCCCGCAAGACCAAAGAGUGCCUCAAGGAGUACGCCCACUACUUCCUUGAGGUCACCCUGCAAGAUCACAUAUUCUACAAAUUCCAGCCCUCUGUGGUCGCUGCCGCCUGCAUCGGGGCCUCCAGGAUCUGCCUGCAGCUUUCUCCCUGCUGGACCAGAGAGCUGCAGCGGAUCUCCAGCUAUGCCCUGGAACACCUCAGUGCCUGCAUCGAAAUCCUGCUGGUAGCAUAUGACAGUGUCCUCAAGGAUGCCAUUGCGGUCAAGAGCCAGGCCUUGGCAAUGGUGCCAGGCACGCCACCAACCCCCACCCAAGUGCUGUUGCAUUCACCCGCCUAUCCCACGGUCAGCCACCCCUCGGCCGCCCUGGCCCGGCUUCAGGCCCCCAUGCAGGACCUGUGCCUGGCCUACCGGGACUCACUGCAGGCACAGGCUUCGAGGAGUGUGCUGUCUGCAGGCACAGGCUUGUCCCUGCACAGCCCAUACCCAGCCCUGCAGCCCCUGGACACAUGUCCCAUGCCCGUCCCCGGGUCCCUCAGCGUGCAAAUGGCCAUCGCUGCCGAGCCCAGGCACUGCCUUGCCGCCACCUACAGAAGCAGCUACUACAGCAGCAGCCACGUAUUUCCAGCUGGCUGUUUUGAUAGCUAGGCUCCCUGGGGCCGUGCAAGAAGCCUCAAAGCCCCAGGUGGAGGAAGAGAGCACCAAACGGGAGAGCUAAGCCGGAGAGGCCAUUCCUGGAGCCUGGUGCCCAUGGAUGAGGAGGGUGCAUAUGUUUUUAAUAAAACUAGCUGGAACAAGUAUUCAGUGACGUACCUCACUGGAAAGCAUCCCUCGGAAAAACCUCUUGUGUACAGGCCUGGGUACAGAGAGGAGGCUUGGUGGCCAGUCUCAAGCAGGGCUCCAGCGAACCAAAGUCCUGGUAAGCAGCCAGCGGCCGGGGAGCUGCACACAGACCACUCGCCCAUAAGCACACCAGCUUUAGCCUCUGACAUCUCCACUCCUUGCUGAUGUCGGUGACGCUCCCACCACAAGCCCAGGAUCUCCGCUCAUCAAUGCUGCCGCUGGUUCUCUCCAUCCCUGGCUCCAGACUGGAAGGUCCUGGGUGUGCUUGUGCCUGAGCGCCCGCCUGCCAGGCCCAGCAGGUGGCUCUCACCUUCGUUGACCCUGAAGUCUUUCUGGGCCUUGUAGGUAUUUCACGUGCUGCUGCUUCUCCAAGUGAACUAGCUCUCUGUCCUGCAAGAUGUCUUGUUUACAUAAUGCAUCAGGGAUUUGAUGAUACUUGAAAAUUCCUUAAGAGAAAAGAGAUAAUUAUAAUCGCCACACUUCCCAUUCCAGGUGAGGCAGCGAGUUUUACCUCAGCUUGUGAAGGACCCUCGGGUAAUGACAGAGCUUCCCUUCCAGAAGCAGAUGGUUGAGAGGGAGAAACACUUCUCAAGCUCCUUGUUCCAGAAGAUUCUACAUCAUGAGUAUGGUCUUCUCUGUAGAAUUUUGAUGACCACUUGAGGGGAAAAGGGUGUUAAAGACAAAGGCUUGAAACCGACAAUCCCACCUCCCUCUGCCACCUGCUUCUGGUACGUGGGAUUCACGCAGCCAAGGCUUUGAGUUGGGCCAACGUCGAUGCCUACUGUUGCCGGGAUUUGGAGAGGGGGUGCACAUCGGUAUGUGAAGCUGCCUCCGUGACCACUGGAGGGCAAGGGGUGAGCGGACAGAAAGCCAGUGUUUGGGGACCUGCAGCAGAGGGGAUCUCAGGAAGACUCCUGUAACCACGUGCAAUAUGUUUUCAUUUCAUAGCUUGGGCUCAGCGUGUUCUUUUGGUUGGUUAGUUGUCAGGGGACAUGGUUCACCCGUCAGAAUUGGGAGGUGCAAAAAACCAUAGAAGCACUUUGUAUUCUGUUUUUGUUUUUGUUUUUUAAAAGAGAAGCCGUCUUGAUUUUCUCGACUCCUUUGCCAGACUGGGUUGCAGUGGCGGGGGUGGGGGUGGGGGUGCCGGGAAGGAUCCGGAGGUCAGGGUGAGAAGGUUUUCACCCAGAGGAGAAUGCCAGCGUGGGAGAGACCAGCCGCGGAUACAGUGCUGCAGCAUAGGAAGUGGCACGGUUCUUCUGUUGUUUUUUUUUUUUCCUUUGCUGAUCUCCUAUUUAUGUGCAACUGGUUUAGAUUCCACAUUACUGUAUCUGUCUAUUCUGGGGCUGGGGCCGUGGGAGGGGCUCCUUUAGUCAGACCAGCUCCCUGAA